GGCAUUGGGAGUUCCAGUGACAGAUUACACAUUUGAAGACUGUCAGCUAGCAUUGGCUGAAGGACAACUUCGUCUGCCUUCAGACACAUGUCUUUUGGAAUUUGCAAAGCUUGUGAGAAGCCUUGGGCUGAAGCCAGAAACACUUGAGGGUGAUCUUGAUAAAUAUGCUGCAAGUGCCAUGAAAAUGAAAGAAGAAAAGGUUGAUCUUGAAGAGUUUUCAGCGUACCUGGAAUUGCCAGUUUCUCACACAUUGGAAAGCAUGUUUGCACUUUUUGAUGAGAAUGAAGAUGGCAUAAUUGACAUUCGGGAAUUUGUCAUUGCUCUGUCAGUUGUCUGUAAGCCAUCCAAAACACUGGAAACUAUUCAGCUGGCUUUUCAGCUGUACCAGUCAGAAGAUGGAACUAUAACAGAAGAGGAUUUAGCUUAUAUUCUGAAGACUGCCAUGGGUGUGUCACAGAUUAAUGUUACGCAUCUUUUUAGAGCUGUAGACGAAGGAGAAGAAGGAGAGAUUACAUAUGAUGACUUCUACAGAUUUGCUGAGUUGCACCCACGCUUUGCAGAAGACUAUCUCUACACGGAUCAGAUGGGAGCUGAGAGUGGCUUGGAGAUGUCAUCUCUUUCUGCUCCUAAUGGUAUCUGUACUGACUUCAGCCCUGAAAAUGCUGAAUAUAAACCCAAACCUCUGCAGAAGAAACUGAAUUAACACUACAACUGUUACCUUCCUCUCCUG